AUGACUGCAAGAGCUUUGCUACUGUCUGAGCAUUUGAAUUCGGAUUUGGAUUUGGAUUUGGCAAAUAGAUCGCAGCGGUUUAAGAAGGAUCCCACUACCAAAGAAGAACGAUUCGCCAUUCUUCUCCUCAUCUCCACUCCAGCCCGUGGAACACGAUCUUCUAGUAAGAAUUGGGCGCACGCCAGUGCCGAGGAGUUCCAUUCGCGCCGAGAUGCGCUGUCGCGUGGCUCCGUGGAUCUGUGGUUGGCCAGUCUGGCUGGAGUGGUUCCCGGCGGCGGAGGCUUGUCGGAAUCGAGGGAGAGGCGGGCGAGGAGCUUCAGAUUUCUGGCGAAUUUGAUGUAUUUUUCCGCUGCUCUUCGGGAAAAAGCCUGGGUCUACUCGAUGCACGGGCCCGACGAACGGCUGAAGUUCGCUGAAAAGAAAACGACGGCAGGGUGUGAGGCGGUCGAGAGAGGCCUCUGCUAUCACUCAUUUGGACGGCUGAAAAGAAUUACGGAAGCGGCUAAUGCUCGGACGGAAGAUGCUGCUAGCGGCGUGGCUCUACUCGUAUGUCUAUGGCGUUGUCGGCGGUCGCAGACGGAAGUAAUGCUAGCCGAAAGAAGUCACGCGGCUGCUAUUCGGAAACUCACGGCAACGGCUGCUACUUACUCACCGAUGGAGGAAGAUGAGGAACAAGAUUUGCUUCUUGCUAAGAAGAGCCGCGCGUCUGAGGAGAAGGAUGAAGACGAUUGA